UCAAUUUGCUUAAAAGGGGUCAAUUUCUCUUUCUUCAUGGUUUUAAUGUCUAUGAAUUUGGUUCAUCAAGUCAAGUGAUUCACAUGCAUAGAGGCGGAUUCAGAAUUUGAAAUUUAUGAGUUCAAGAUUCUAUCACAAUUCGUGUGAUUUACCGGGUUCGAAGUCAAAUAUUUGUAUUUAGUUAGUGGAUUUUAACACAUAUACUGGGUUCGAGCCAAAGUUAGUGGGUUCAAAUGAACUCAUAACUUUAUGCUUUACACGUGUCACAAGUAUGCUAGUAAGAUUCAAGGAAGUGAAACAACAGAGGAACGGGACAAUGUGGUACCAUGUGGCAAAGCCAUCCGAAUUCUUGGUGAUCACUGGCAGAGGAAUUGAUGAGUUGAAAAUUGCAAAGAGGGCUAUGGUGUGGCCAUUUCAGAAAUGCACAAGAAUUGAUGUUACCCCUGUAAAUUACACCUUCGAAGUCAAUGCCAUGAGCGUGGAGAAGCUAUCUUUCCUACUCCCCGCCGUUUUCACUAUUGGUCCCCGGGCUGAUGACCACAACAGCCUUGUCAAAUACGCGAGGCUUCUUUCUCUUCAUCAGCGCGAUUCCCAUGACGUAAAAGAACUUGUUCAAGGCAUCAUUGAGGGAGAAACGCGUGUCUUGGCUGCUUCAAUGUCGAUGGAAGACGUCUUUAAAGGCACAAAAGAUUUCAAAAGCGAAGUUUUUGGAAAGGUUCAGGUGGAGCUUAACCAAUUUGGCCUUCUGAUAUAUAAUGCUAACAUUAAGCAACUAGUUGAUGUCAGAGGUCAUGAGUACUUUUCAUACUUAGGCCAGAAAACUCAAAUGGAAGCAGCAAACCGGGCAAAAGUUGAUGUUGCUGAAGCAAAAAUGAAGGGCGACGUUGGUGCCAAAAAGAGUGAAGGAUUGACAAUUCAAAGUGCUUCAAAGAUUGAUGUCGAGACAAAGGUAAUAACCACUCAAAGACAAGGUCAAGGUAAAAUGGAGGAGAUCAAGGUGGGAUCAGAAGUUAAGAUUUUUGAGAAUCAGCAAGAAGCUGAAGUGUCCGAGGCGAAUGCAAAACUAGCAACCAAGAAAGCGGCAUGGGCUCAGCAGGCAAAGAUGGCAGAGGUGGAAUCUGAAAAAGCCGUGGAAAUACGGGAGGCUGAGUUACAGCGAGAAGUCGAGCAAAGGAAUGUCCUGACUAAGACUGAGAACUUCAAGGCUCAAUUCCUCAGCAGGGCUAAUGUGGAAUAUGAGAUUAAGGUGCAAGAGGCAAAUUGGGAGUAUUACCAAAAGCAAAAAGCAGCUGAUGCAAUACUGUAUGAGAAAGAAAAGUUAGCAGAGGCUCGAAGGGUCGAAUCAGACGCUGAAACAUAUGCGAAAAAACAAGCUGCAGAUGUUGCGCUCUAUGCCAAGACGAAAGAGGCAGAAGGACUUGUGGCUUUUGCAGCAGCACAAGGAUUUUACAUACAAACAUUGUUGUCAGCAUUGGGAGGAAAUUACAUAGCAUUAAGGGAUUACUUGAUGAUUAACGAAGGGAUAUACAAGGACAUCGCCAAGUUCAAUGCGGAAGCUAUUAGAGGACUGCAACCGAAGAUCACUAUUUGGUCAAAUGGUGAUGGGGAGAUGAGUGAUGGAACGAAUGCACGAAAAGGAAAUGGAGCUAUGAAGGAGAUGGCCGAACUUUAUAGUGUAAUCCCUCACUUGUUACAGACUGUGAAUGAGCAAACUAAGAUGCUGCCUCCACCAUGGUUGAGUACUUGCAGCACAAACAAGGCCACAUCAAGUGAAUCAGCUUAAUGGUUUCUCACAAAAUGGUUGAUAUUAGCUAACUUGCUGGUAAAUGAUCUACUAGUAGACUCAAUUUAGGCACAAUAUUUCAUUGGGAAGUAAAGGAAUUAACAGUUAGAUUACUAUGCUUUAACUAGUAUGAUGUUCACAAACAUACUUUUUCUUUCUUUUCGUACCCAAGGGUGGAUGAAGUGGGUUGAGAAUUAUGUGA